UUGUCAUUUAUGCAUGUUUUGCGUACUUCUUCCUUCCACCUUUUCUUUUCUUUUUUAACAGGCUUUCGGUUCUAAAAGCCAAAAAUGGGUCGCGUUAUUCGUGCACAACGUAAAGGUGCUGGGUCAGUAUUCAAGGCCCACGUAAAGAAACGUAAGGGAGCCGCUAAAUUGAGACCAUUAGAUUUUGCUGAACGCAACGGCUACAUACGCGGUGUAGUUAAGGAAAUUGUACAUGAUCCCGGUCGUGGCGCCCCUUUGGCUGUCGUUCACUUCCGUGAUCCUUAUCGCUACAAGAUCCGUAAGGAACUUUUCAUUGCUCCCGAGGGUAUGCACACCGGUCAAUUCUUAUAUUGCGGACGUAAAGCAACACUACAAAUUGGCAAUGUAAUGCCAUUGUCGCAGAUGCCUGAAGGUACCAUUAUUUGCAAUUUGGAGGAGAAGACUGGCGACCGUGGUCGUUUGGCUCGUACCUCUGGCAAUUAUGCUACUGUUAUUGCCCACAAUACAGAUACCAGAAAGACACGUGUUAAAUUGCCAUCUGGUGCCAAGAAGGUUGUACCAUCUGCCAAUCGUGCUAUGGUCGGUAUUGUUGCUGGUGGUGGUCGUAUUGAUAAGCCAAUUCUUAAGGCUGGUCGUGCCUACCACAAAUACAAGGUUAAACGUAACUGCUGGCCUAAGGUACGUGGUGUUGCUAUGAACCCUGUUGAGCAUCCUCACGGUGGUGGUAACCAUCAACAUAUUGGUAAAGCUUCCACAGUUAAACGUGGUACAUCAGCUGGUCGCAAAGUCGGUCUUAUUGCUGCCCGUCGUACCGGUAGAAUACGUGGUGGCAAGGGUGACCCCAAGGAGAAAUAGAUUAAUAAGUGAUAACUGUGUUAUCGUACGGAUCGCAAUCAUUGUGUAUAGUUGUAACAUAGAUGUACGAUUUGGAAUGCUAUGCAGUGAAAAUAAAACAAUUAUUAAACAAAAUUAA